GCUUGUGGAGAGUCUGGAGAAACUUUAACUACUUUAUCUGUCUGCUCGUGGCCGGAGCUUGUGGUGAUGGACCGGGUUAGCCUCUACUAGCUAGCGGCUACAAAGUUAGCCCCGUGUUACGACGAUGCUAACUAGUGUGUUCGUCGAUGCGUUGGGGGUGGAGAGUUAAUCUGUGAAAGAAAGUCUGAGGAGGGUCCCACUAAGAGAAUAAUCCUUCACUCCCUCUUGAUCGACAUGGGGGCUGUGGUCUCAAGGUGGAGGGCCAAACCGUCCACUGUGGAGAUUUUGGAAGGAAUUGAGAAGGACAUACAGGUUCUUGAGGAGUACAGUGAAAAGUAUCAAAGGCAGCUGAAGAUAUGGAUGGGACGACUGCUUUUUUACUCAUCUCUUCUCUACUUGAUCACUUGCCUCGUUGUGUAUUUCUGGUACCUGCCCGAACAGUUAAUGGGGCGACUCGUGUUGUCUCUUCCCUUUGUAAUAUUUCCAUUUUUAGUGUGGGUACUUCGAAAAGUGCUCAUAAUUAUUUUUUCACGAAGAACGGAAAAAAACAAUGGCAAAUUAGAGGAUCUUAAAGCAGAAAAGAGGAAAAUACUUGAAGAAGUUAUGGAAACCGAGACGUAUAAAAACGCCAAAAUGAUUCUGGAGAGAUUUGAUCCUGAUUCCAAGAGAAAAAAUGAACUAGAAUCCACUCCGCUUGGACCCCAGAUGACUCCAAAACCAGGACAAGAGCUCCGCCAGCGUAAUGUCAUCCCAAAGACCCCCCCGGUGGUGGUGAAUCCUGCAAACAGCGCUGCUGCUGCUGCCCGCCCUCCUCUUGCCUCUGGGCCCACCUAUCCUGGACGAUCUUCCCACUCUGCUCCAGGUGGACCCCCAGAGAGGGGCCUGUCAGCUAUGGCUGCUCAGCAGAGCUUGAUGAGGAAGCCUGUGACCCCUGGAACACCUGUUCCAGGAGUCGGAAUGCACCCUCCAGGCCCGCCCCUGGCCAGACCCGUGCUCCCGAGGGAACGAGGUGCUAUGGACAGAGUCGUGGAGUAUCUUGUUGGAGAUGGUCCUCAGAACAGAUACGCUCUCAUAUGUCAGCAGUGUCUGUCCCAUAACGGCAUGGCAUUAAAAGAAGAAUUUGAAUACAUCGCCUUCCGUUGUGCGUAUUGUUAUUUCUUGAACCCGGCGAGAAGGACUCGGCCUCAGGCUCCCAGACUCCCCGAGGUCACCGGCGAGCUGAAGAUGCCGUCGGAGACGCUGUUACCGUUGUCUGCUGCUGAUGGGGAGGACAGCCAGUGUGUUUUAGGGAAAACCAAGUCUGCUGACGAUCCCGCCGGAACAGAUACCCAAGAGCCAAGCACGCCAACAACCACAGAGCCCAGCUCUGCGUCAGACAGCCCAAACACUCCAGAGUCACAAGACCUGCCCUCUGAGAAAUCUGACGGGGAGCAAGAUCUGUCUGCCAUGGAAGUGGAAUAAAACAGCGGAGGGGUGAUUUCGACACGAGUCGGGCUGGAACUUUUUUUUUUUUUUCUCUGAAGAAACGGUUAGCUUAUAAGUAAAAGCCGUAAGUUAGAAUAGCACAGUAACAACCCAGCCGUUAAUGUGAUUUUCAGCUUACAGAAUGUUCUUUCUUUUCAGAGUUGCUUUUAUAGUUCUAUCAAUAGUAAUGAGCUCAAUAUUAAAUGGUACAGCGCUAGCAUUUGGUAGAAAGUGCCAAACACACAUCGUGUCCGGGAUGAUAACAUGUUCAUAACAGAGCUGUAAGGAUUUAAUGUUGUUUUUGAGAUUGUAAAGGAAAUUCCAUGUUUUCUUUGUCUUCCACAUUUUAUUUGUUUUUGACUGAAAUUCUGACAUUAUUCUUUCUAGUUUGUUCAAGCACAAAAAGAAAUAAUUUUGCAGGGGGAAAAAAAAAAUAUUUAUGGGAAAUUAUUUAUAAGUAUUUUUCUAUAAUGCUGCAGAUGUCAUGACAGUGUUAGCUGGGGUGCUCUGCAGCACCGAGGUGCUAACAUGUUUACACAGCCACGGUACCGUAAUAGGAAUUCACAUGCAUUAUGUAUUUAUUGGUGGAAGAGAGGAAGGCAGAUUUAUGUCUGUACUGUGCAUCCGCCCUAAGUGCCUUUUAUAUUUUAAGUCUUUGGUUCAGAGUAUUGUCCAUAAAACCUUUUUACAUGUAGACAAUGAAUGAAUAAAUGACAGUAGCCAUUUGCUGAAUGUAUGAAUUUCUGUUCUGUAUAAAUAAUAUGAAAUAAACAUUUAAGAACA